AUGGCCUCACAAAAUAACGCCAAUUCUUCAAUCCUUAAUCAAACCACACCAAAUCGCAUUUUUCCCCCGAUAAAUUUUGGCAAAUUCGAAUUCUUGCUUCCAAAAUUGACUGAGGAAGAAUUGCAAAUAAUAUUAAAUCCACCUCUGCGCCUUGUUCUAACAGUUGAAGAGCUUUUCGGUCCUGCAAAAAGACCUUCAAAAAAUCCCAAUCCACCUCGUUCUUUAAAUGCAUACUUCCUUUGGAGAAGGAAUUAUGACGCAUCACAACCUUCUAAGAAUUGCAAACAACGUUCACAUGAAUCCAGUAGGAUGUGGGAUAGAUCAGAUAAUAGAAUAAAACGUUUUUUUAAAAUUUUAUCAGAUCUUCAUAAGAUCUAUCAUGGACUGAAGUAUCCACAGUAUAAAUAUAAUCCAAGAAGAAAUACACAUUCUAAAGUUAGCGAAAAAUUGAACCUUACACCUCUUGACUAUGAUAAUGAAGCCCAAGGGAACUCAAUGACGAAUUUUGAUCAAGAAGGUUCUCAUCUUGAUAUCAAUAAUGGCCUUGAAGUCUGUGAACAUUAUGAGAAGGUCCUUGGCUUAGAGUACUUAUUGGAACUUGCUAAUCACAUACAAAG